CCUCCUCUACCCAUCUCCUCUUCUGCCUCCAUGGUAACAGUGAGCAGUGCUGGUAAUGGUUCCAUCCUGUUUCCUGGAGUCAACCCUUCUUUAGGCUACCUGCAAGACCACUUCCAACUACAUUAGGGGUAGGCAGCACACAGUCUGUACCUGUAGGCUUACACCUGCAUGUAGAGAGUACAGCCAACCCUCUAUAUUUCAUAUUAUGCGUCCAUCACAUGCCUUGACAAAUAGGCAUGGAGCAGCUGCUGAAGACCGGAGUUAUGAGGCAUUAUUGCCCUCUCCCUCGGGCAUCCUGUGGCCCUCAGCAAAACACACUGCACACAGUGCCAGCCAGCCAUCCCUGGGCCCUGGGGGCUUGCUCACGUCUCUGAAGACUGUGAACAGUUCUGACUGUGAGGGAUGGGAAUGACCUGUUCCUGUUUUUUUGUUUUGAUGUGCAUUAUCCCCUGGGUUUUACACAGAGAUAAUUAUUGGAGACAUGCAGAACUAUGAGCACCCUAUAUCAUGAUCUGUUGGUGGUUGCUAUAAACCUCACAGCUCAGAUGUAAUCAGCUCCAGCUGCAGCCCCUUUUUAGAACCCCAAUCAGAGGGCUAGACUGAAAAUGAGCAGUAGUAAAGCAUUGCCUGGUUUUAUGCUGACACAAUGAUUCUAUACAGGGGCUAUAGGAUCCAAACAUCUCUUUAUGACAUAGGCCUACAGGUUGCAAGCAGAUCAGAAAGGCCUCUUUUUAAUACUUGUGCUUUAGAGUAUACAUUUUUAAAGGUUCCCCAUCAGGGCGUAGGGGCUGUAACACACAAACAGAGAGGGCAUUCUUUCUCUCCAUAGAAAUCCAACUUCAUGAUCCCAGCUCAACAAUUGGCUAUAAGGAUAAGCACUGUUUUGAGUGGUUGGGUUAUGCUAAAACAAAGUAAUGCCUACAGUCCUUGCUGGGAACACUGUGCCUUGCAGUUGGAGUCUAAGGAAACCCUCUUCAUUCCUUCCCGUUAGAGGACACCCCUGAUUCUUUCGGGGCACACAAGACCUACAGAGUCCCCAUCUUCUUGGGCUGUCUUAAUGAUCUUCAAUACGGCAGUCUCAGUCUAUUUGGGGUCCACUAAAUAAUGAAAAGCAAAAUGUACCCCAUUAAUUGACAAUAGCAAUUGGCUUCCAGUCUGAUAUGGUACAUUUGUGAAGAUAAACAUUAUAAAAAUGCUAACCAUCUCUCUUUGGGACAAGACACAAGUCAGAAGCAGGGUACAAAACCAUUUCGGUACUGCUCACAAAAGCAUUGUUUGAGAUCCAAAAAUUCAGUGAUAUCUCCUUGCAAAAUACCAGAAAUAUCACUAACUGUUUACUUAUGUGUUUUGCAGCUAUUUUGCUUAACCAGUUAUUGCCACACCAUUAUUUAAAGAAGUAUCUUCUGACACCAUGCAUCAGUCUGUGUAAGGCUAAAUAGUACAUAUAGUACACUACUUGCACAUAAGGAAUCCAGAAAAUCACUGAAACUAGUAUGUUUGCAACUGUAGGCCUAAAUGUUAAUUAACCCAAUAUCAUAUUCAAAGGAAGAGAAAAAAGAUCAAACAAAACUUGUCACAACCUGAACAUUCAAAAUGCAAUUCACUUUAGCUCUUUUUACUCUGCCCCUUACCAAAGUGUCCCGGUUUAGAGUGAGUUUCAGUAGAACCAGAAGUAUGUUGCCUUCGGACAUCAGUGCUUCAAUGAAGCCAAUGCAGCCCUCAGACAAGGCGGGACAUACUGGCUGUAGCUGGAGGAAGGAAGUUCCCUCUGAAGCAGGGAGUGUCUGCAUAUAAAAUGGUCUGCAGUUCUCUGCUUCAUAGAUGCCACCACCGUCUCCUCUUCUAUGACCAUGGGAGGCCCUCGCAGUGCUUUUCCCACCUCUUCCAGCUCCACCAUGCACUCCACUACUUCAGCCACCGACCAGACCUCUGCUCACACCGGCAUCGCCGCUCCAGACGAAGGUGUAAGUAGCAGAGUGGUGGCAGAGAUGCUUGGCGCUGAGGGCGGGACUGGCAACAGUGGGAGUGCUGGUGGCGGCAGGGCUGGCGGCGAGAAAGGAGGAGGGGCCGGAUCCCUAGGAGGAGGAGGAGGAGGAAGAGGGGGGGCAUCCCAGGAGGCCCAGCAGCACCACCAGAUGACCCCCUCCAAACGGCGGACGGUGCUGAACAUCUCGCCUCCGCCCGAGGACCUGUUUGACGACAGCUGCAUGUCCUGCCAGGAGGAUCAGCUCCAGGACUCAGAGCAGAGCAACAGCAUCUGGAUGGAUGACUCCGCCUCCAACUUCAGCAUCGUCAGCUCCAGCUCCUACAACGACAACACAGAGGUGCCCCGGAAGUCCCGCAAGCGCACCCCCCGCCAGCGGCCCGGCCCCAAGCCUGCCUCGGCCGAGGAGGCCAGCAUGGACGUGUUUGAUGCAGACAGUGCCAAAGGGCCGCACUUUGUGCUCUCGCAGCUGGGCUCAGACAGCAAGGCCUGUACCAAAGGAAGUUCGGCAGAUGGCCCCCAGACAACCCAUCAGAAAGGGGGGACCCUAGCGAGCCAGUUCCCUCAGAAGAGUGAGGGCAAAGAGCUGAAGAUCCUGGUCCAGCCUGAGACCCAGCACAGAGCCCGCUACCUGACUGAGGGCAGCAGGGGGUCAGUGAAGGACCGCACUCAGCAGGGCUUCCCCACCAUAAAGCUGGAGGGUGUGAAUGAGGCAGUGGUGCUCCAGGUGUUUGUGGGUAAUGAUGCUGGGCGUGUGAAGCCACAUGGGUUCUACCAGGCCUGCAGGGUGACGGGGCGCAACACCACAGCCUGCAAGGAGGUGGACACCGAGGGCACCACUGUCAUUGAAGUGUCCCUGGACCCCAGCAACAACAUGACCCUUGCGGUGGACUGCGUGGGGAUCCUGAAGCUGCGUAACGCUGAUGUGGAAGCUCGUAUCGGGGUGGCCGGCUCCAAAAAGAAGAGCACGCGUGCCAGGCUUGUGUUUCGGGUCAACAUCCCCAGGCCGGACGGCUCGGUGCUCACGUUACAGACACCGUCGUCCCCCAUCCUGUGCACCCAGCCUGCAGGGGUGCCUGAGAUUCUGAAGAAGUCCCUCCACAGUUGCUCGGUGAAGGGGGGUGAGGAGGUCUUCAUUAUUGGGAAGAACUUCCUCAAGGACACCAAAGUCAUAUUUCAGGAAAAUGUAUCAGAUGAGAAGUCUUGGAAGGCAGAGGCUGAAAUUGACAUGGAGCUGUUUCACCAGAAUCACUUGAUUGUGAAGGUUCCUCCAUACCAGAACCCAGCCAUCGCGUCAGCGGUGUGUGUGGGGAUUUACGUGGUGACCAAUGCUGGCCGAUCCCAUGACGUGCAGCCUUUUACCUACACUCCAGAACCAGGGGACAUAUCUGUGAAGAAAGAAGUCCCAUCUCCAGGCAAGCCCUGCUCUUUUGAUGAACGGAUGAAAGUAAUUGAUGGUGCCUUGAUGCCCCCAAUGUUGCCUCUUGUGAAGAGAGAAGAGGUCACGCCAAUGGAGGUUUCCAGCAACCUCACUUCUGCUGGCGUGUUCAAGCGGACCCCUGAUGUCAUGUGUUCGGCCCAGCAGACGCUGGACAUGAGUUCCAACCUUCCCAACAACAGCCCGUUCUCCAACUCCUUGCCGCGGCCUGCCAGUGACCCUGACGAAUCCCAAACAGCAGUCUUCAACAGUGCAGAGGCCCUGAGCACCAUACAGAAGCAGGACAUCGCUCCCACCAACUCCUUCCCCGUGCCUGCAGACUCUCUACUCCAACCUGGGCCUCAGCAGUUCCUCCUGGAGCCCAGAGAGGGGCUGGGGCAGGACAGGGCCGGCAACAACGCUGGGGCGGUAGGGAGGCUCGGUCAACUACUGGAGGCCCCUCAGCCUGCUCCCCAGCAACACCAGCUGCCCAUAUUCCCCCCAGACGAGGUGGCCCAACUGGAACAAGCAGUGAGACAACUGCAGGCCAAAGGGUACUGCAGCCAGCAGCAACAGCGACAACAGCAACAGAUUCAACAACAACAAAUUCAACAACAGCAGCAACAAAUUCAGCAACAACAGCAACAACAAAUUCAGCAACAGCAACUACAGCAACAACAACAGAUUCAACAACAACAAAUUCAGCAACAACAGCAACAACAAAUUCAGCAACAGCAAAUUCAACAGCAACAAAUUCAACAGCAGCAGCAGCAACAACUUCAACACCAGCAACAGCAACAGCAAGUGUUGGAGAACCUGCAGCUGUUUCAGUCACAGAUGCCCAUGCAGUGUGGCAUAUUCCAGGGCGGUUCUCGAGGUGAGAACACUGAACAGCAGGGUUCCCAGCAGGGCAUGGUGCAGAACCAUGGUUCCCUCUUUCAGCAGGCCCAACAGCAGCAGCAACAACAGAAACAGCAGCAGCAAGCAGCGCUCUUUCAGCAAGCUAAUGAGCUCCUCUCCAUUCAGACCAACUUCCUCCAGCAGACCCCUCCUCAUCCCUCUCCACCCCUCUUCCAUAACCCCAGCCCCCUGGCUGAGGCACAGGACCCACAGGGGGCGCUGUUCCACACUCAGAAGGCCUCUCCCACCCAGGAGCAGGUCCAGGCAGCCCUCUUCCAGAACACCCUGACAGUGUUGAGUAGGACCAGCCUCUCCCCAGAGCAGCCCCCCUCUGCCGCCAACCUGUUCCUCCCCCAGAGUGCCCUGCCCGGGCAGCUCUCCGCUAACGGCAGCCAGCAGCAGCAGCUGGCAUUCCUCAGUGCCCUGCAGACCUCUGCCCCUGAGCCCCAGUCAGUGUUCCAGGCUCAGACCCAGCUUUCCCCAAUCCAGCAGGGGACCCCCAUGGAGCAGCAGCAGCCUUCCCAGCCUCAGCCUCAGCCACCUCAGCAGAACUCCAUGUUUCAGAACAUCUCCCCUCAUCCACCUGCGAACACUCUCUCUCAGACCCAGCAGCAGCAGGCCGGCCUACUGUUCUGCAGCAACCCCCUCUCCACUCCGGAGCAGCCCCCCAGUCUGCUGUUCAGCGGCCAGGGCCAGAUGCCCCCCAUGAGCAGCAGCAGCCUGAACUCUCAGGAGCCCCAGAACCCCUCCAUGCUGUUCUCUCAGGCCAGCAUGGUGACGGUUAGCCAGCAGGAGCCCUCUGAGCCCAUGGCCUUCCAGGACCAGAGCCAGGUGGUGGGGAACCCCUCGGAGCCUCUCCAGCAGGGCCUGUUCCAAGAGCAGCAGCCCAUGCAGCUGAUCACCAGCUCCAACAAUGGCCCAGAGCAGCCCGUCUCCCUCUUCAUGCCCCAAUCUAACAUGGCUGCCCUGCAGGGUGGCAUGGCUGCCCAGGAGCUCCCGCAGACGGGCAUCUUCAGCACCCAGAAUGGGGUGGCAGGCCUGCAGACCACCACCUCCUCCCCCGUGCAGCAGCCAGGGUCUCUGUUCCAGACAGCAGUCAGUGGGACCCUCAACCAGCCCAGCCAGGCCCAGCAGCCAGGCCUCUUCCUCUUUGGGAUUCAGAACGAGUGUGGCCAGCUGAUAAACUCUCCUGGAACCACUCUUUCUGAUCAGAUCAUUGCCAUCAGUCAGUCUGGUCAGAACCAGAGAGAGAGCGAGGCCCAGAUCCAGUCGCUGCUCAACCAGUCCAUGUCUGAGUCAGGGAGCAUGCAGAACAGCAUGACCGCCUCCCAGAACAUGGAGAAGAUAGAUGACCUGCUUGUCAGCUUGCAGGAGCAGGGCAACAACCUCACUCGCUCCUACUAGGUCUACUAUAGGUUUCAGGAGCCCAGAAGACCCCCAGUGUGGACCCCCAUUACAGACGGCAGAAGACCCCCAGUGUGGACCCCCAUUACAGACGGCAGAAGACCCC